AUGCUAACUGUGAUGAGGGCGUUGAAUUCGCGGCUAGUUCUGAUCGACAUCAACAGCUCAUGGCAAGCAUCGCGACGACUGAUCUCCGCCACCGCAACCGCCUUUUCAUCUGACUCAUCAUCUUCGUUGCGUCGAACACGUGGUGCCCGUCAGAGGAUCGCUUCGUCGAAGUCUCCGGCGUCGCCGUCUCCGGUGCGGAGACAGUCUGAUGGAUUCAGUUUCGAUGUUCGGCCACCGUCAGCUGAUUCAGAGAACUCCGCAUCGAUCUCGUCGCGGAAACCAGCGACGGCGACGCCGCCUACGGUGGAGCUAGACGCUUUCCUCGAGAUUCUUCCUCCCGCUACGAGGAAGGAGCUCGUUAAGCACGAGGCGAUCGGAGAAUUGAUCGAGGUUGUGAUGGAUUUAGGGAGAAAGCCACUAGCUAGAUUCCCUUCCGGCGAUUGGGUCAUCUCAGAGCAGCCUGUGACUCAGCAGGAUCUGAAGCUUGCGGUAUCAAAGGUUGGUGAUUUUUCGGAUGAUAACCGAUCUGGGAUUAACAGAUCGUUGCAUCGUAUAAGCGCUAUACGUAACCGCAAACUGCAAGUAAUUGGUCUAACAUGUCGGGUGGGUCGAGCUGUAUCUGGAAGUGCAGAGAUCAUAAGAGACUUGAUAGAAGGAGGAGGAUCCAUCUUGGUCAUAGGAUCUCCUGGAGUUGGCAAAACAACUUUAAUCAGAGAAAUCGCACGGAUGUUAGCUGAUGAGCACAGGAAACGUGUAGUGAUUGUCGACACGUCAAAUGAGAUUGGAGGUGACGGUGAUGUUCCUCAUUCUGGAAUCGGCCGUGCCAGGCGGAUGCAAGUUCCAAACGUGAAUUUACAGCACGAUGUUAUGAUUGAGGCGGUUGAGAAUCAUAUGCCUGAGACUAUCAUCAUCGAUGAGAUAGGAACAGAGCUUGAAGCAUUAGCAGCUAGCACUAUCGCUCAGCGAGGUGUUCAGCUUGUUGCAACUGCUCAUGGGAUGACUAUAGACAACAUAAUCAAGAAUCCCUCUUUGCAGAUCCUUAUCGGUGGGAUUGAGAGUGUGACUCUUGGUGAUGAGGAAGCAAGGAAAAGAAAAGUGCAGAAGACAAUUCUUGAAAGAAAAGGACCUCCAACCUUUACUUGUGCUGUCGAGAUGAUAUCGAGAACCGAGUGCCGUGUUCAUCAAAGGCUAGAUGUCACCGUUGAUGCUAUACUAGCUGGGAAAUCCGCUCCAUGUGAGAUCCGUCAAAUUCGUGGCGAGGAUGAUGUUCCUCAUAAGUUAGUGACUCCCAUUCCUUUGGAGAACCUUGAAGAGAAGCCUGCGCCAUUGCUCAAUAUAGAUUUCGCAAGCGAAGUGCUGUCUGACGACGAAGAUGAAGAAGACUUUCUUCCCACUCCGUAUAACAAGGCCAGAAAUAACAUAUCCAUGAGCCAAAGAAGCUCACCUGUUCUCGUUUAUACUUACAAUGUCUUUGAAGCUGAUCUCCUUCAAGUAGCUGAAGUUAUGGGACUAGAAAACGACAUAGAAGUGACAGAUGAUGUUGGAGAAGCAGAUGUCAUUCUAGCCUCGAGUUCUGAAUUGAAACAGAAUUCAUCGAUCCGUCGUGUUGCCAAAUUACACAAGCUACCGAUAUUUGUCAUUAAGUCAACUACAAUGGCUCAGAUGGUCAAGGCAGUCCGAAUGAUCCUUGGGAGAGAAUCGUUUGGCUCAGCCCCUAUAACCAUAGAGAAAUCUUCUGUUGAUGAUAUCGAGAUCAAAGACGAUGCUCCAGAGAGCAAACCCAGUUUGGAAGAACUCGAUGCCCUCGAGGAGGUCCGUCUAGCGAUCGAAUACAUUGUAAUCCCCGGAGGUGAACCGGUGGAGCUUCUUCCUAGACGGUCAGACAUAAUAGUCCGGCAGCUAGAGCUGGUGGAGAGUUACCAACUCGCGGUGGAGAAUCUCGGCACUCACCUUAACCCGCGGCUUCAGAUUCUUCCUCGCCGAUCCACCAAGAAAACGUUGCCAUCUUCAUCCCCGAAGAAAGCAGCAGAUGAUAGCAUGGGGAACACCAGGCGACACGAAGAGCCACUAGGGUUUUACUCCGCCUUCACAAUGCUGCGAGCGACGGUUCUUCAAGCCAGUGAUCACGCCGUUGAAGGUGUUUCUGAUAACAAAGCAAAAGGAGAGAAAAUGGUUCUGGAACCUCCGAUGAACAGUGGACAACGAAGAAAACUGGGGGAUAUAACCAACCUGCAGAAUCAUAAAAAUCUUAUGAACCAGGGAUCAAAGCAGCAGCAACAAGCUAUACUACUCUCUUCGACGGAAUACGUUGAAAAACUUCAAAAGGAAAACGUGAGACUGAUGAAGGUCCUCAACGAGAGAAAUGAAAUCAUCGGGCGGCGUGGAAGUGAGCUGCAGAAAUAUAGGAUAAUCUUACAGAAGGUUCAAGAACAGAAUUUGCAGCUUGCUCAGACCAACACUCGUAUCUUGGCGGAGAUCAAUACAAGCAAAGACCAACUGAAGGCACUUCAGCACGAACUUAGUUGCAAGAAUGGGUUACUCAUUGCCAGGAAACUGCAGCUUGAGGCGCAAAACCUUCCAUGUACGUGCCACCAUGCAUCAGAAGACAAGGAUCUUGCAAUCGCUCCUGGUGGGACCGGCGAAUUCUUUUAUCCAAAUGGCACGGAUCAUAAGACUGAGAGCUCCAUCAUUGACUCAUUGCAAAUAAAUGAAGCCAACAAUAAAAGAGUAUCUGGAAGGACGAAUCUUGCCGCUUCCGAAGUAUUAGAUAUUAUUAGCAGACCGGGAGUGUCAAUAGAGAGAACCAACAUGAGGAGGGUUUCUUUGAGAAGACAGUCUGGGAGGUUUCAUAUCCAAGAGCUGGGCGUGACUGAAAACUUGAAUGGUAUACAUGAUGAUCAAGAGAUUGCUGCGAAAGCCGGAUGUUCUGCGAGUGAUCAGCCUAUCGGGUCUAAACCCGAAGCAGUAGAACCACCUGACACGAAAGAGAUAACCGUGAAAAGAAGGGCCUCGUCAAGAAGACAAUCUACAGAGGUUUUACCUCCGCGAGCCAUCAAAGAAUCAGCAGAUCCUCAGUUGCACGAUGACAUUGUUGAGGAGCCUAGUCAAGUAUCAUCUUCAUCAGUUUCAAUGGAGCUUGAAAGAGAAUCGAAGAACAAACCAAGAGGCGAUGAAGCAGAGGAGAUGAGGAAAACAUCCGCUGGAAGACCUUUAAGGCAAGCUGCAGAAAAAAUAAAAUCAUACAAGGAAGUCUCACUUAAGGACAAGAUGCGAAGGGACUUCUGAGUAUCGAAAAUGGUCUUGAGCCUUCACAAAUUCACAAUCGUCUUGUUGAAUGAGCUAUUUGCUUGAUGCUAUAAUCACAAAGUAAUCACAAUCCAAAUAAAUCAACCUCAAUAUUUGUUGGUUUCCAUUUAUUGUGUAUUACAUACUCACCCAUGCCAAAGUUUGGACGGCUACCCUUUUUCUUAAGGAAAAUCUAAUUUUCAAUUCAGAA